CAGCAGAAACAUGCAGAUCCGGAUUCCAGCCUCGAGUGGAAAUGGACAUUAUUAUUGUUCCUUUCCGCUCGCUUCUCGCUCUGCAUGUGCCGCGUGCAUGCAUGCAUUGCAUGGUGGGGCAAGAGACAUGCCGCGACGAGGCUGGACGCGGGAACUGGAACUGGAACUGGGGGUAAAACAUUCUCACCCAGGAAAACUAGGUAGACGAGGACGAGGACGAGGACGAGGGGCGAAAGAUAGACAGAACACACAAGCGUUUUGCAGGGACAAGCAGCACAUGCAACUGCCCAUUUGCUUGCCAAUCCGAGCGAGUCAAUAAUAGUGCUAUAGGUCGGUACAAGUUGAAGACCCAGGUUGUUUUGCUUUAAUUUCUUUGGCUCCGAGGUCGUCGACCACACCAAGGGCACGGCACCUUCACUUAGUCUGGUCCAGCCAGGACCCCUCCACCGUCCCGUUCCUAUAUUUCUAUGCCCCCUCCAGACAACAAUUUGAUCUCUCUUCCUUCCCCCUCCUUUCUCUUCUACACUCUUUACAAAAUUCAGAUCUGCCUCUCGCACUUCUCAAUUCCUUCUCCACGAAUCCCUUCUCUUUCCUCCUUUCAGAAAGAGAAGGACAAGUCGCAUUGAGUCCAUUCUGCCACGCAAAUCUCACCGACUUGGCACAGAGUCUCAAUCCGCGACUUGCGAAGCCGUAAGAUCAAAGCCAGGAAAGAAAGCAAUGACCCUAACAAGACAGAGAUCGAGAUCGAAUCGAGAUCGAGACCCCGACAAGUUUCCCACUGCACAGUUGUUUCUCCUUGCUAUUGUACGACUCGCGGAACCCAUUGCUCUUACGUCCAUCUUUCCCUACGCGUGGCCCCUCGUCAAGAAAUUCAAUGUCGGCGACGAAAAUGACGCUUCUUUCUACGCCGGGCUGCUCAUCUCGGCUUUUGCCCUGGCCGAAUCCUUGACGGGCAUGUUCUGGGGUUCUCUGAGCGACAGAGUGGGACGAAAGCCUGUGCUACUGGCCGGCUGCGCGGGUACAAUGCUGUCUAUGAUCAUUGUGGGAAUGUCAUCGAACAUAUGGAUCGCGCUGGCAGGUAGAGCGAUCGGGGGUUUCUUGAAUGGCAAUAUUGGCGUUAUCCAGACGAUGGUUGCUGAACUGGUUACCAAGCCAGAACACGAACCAAGGGCAUACUGCGUUAUGCCAUUUGUCUGGUCGAUUGGAACGAUUAUCGGGCCUGCGUUGGGUGGCACAUUCGCGGAUCCCGCUGUUGGAUUUCCAAACACUUUCUCCAAGGAUGGACUUUUUGGACGAUUCCCAUAUCUGUUACCAAAUUUGCUGUGCUCCAGUUUACUACUUGUUAGUAUUCUGGCGGGCUAUUUCCUCCUCGAAGAAACACACCCGGAUAUGCAACCACGAGUGAACCUCCCAGAUUCGACUUACGUCUCCGAUGAGACCCCCCUCAUCGCGACCGCCGAUGCAAUCAAGACCCCAGCUGUCGAUCUACGAGCAGAUACGUACGGCACAUUUGAAGGCAGCGAUGACAGCAAAUGGCGACGUGCGACCACCAAGUCUCGCUCAAGUCCUCAAAUCUUCACCAAACGAGUAAUAGCCCUCAUCAUCGCGCUAGGAAUCUUCACCUACCACUCCAUGACCUACGACCACCUCCUUCCCAUCUUCCUCGAGGACGACCGCGGCGAACUCACAGUCUCCGCGCUCUCCAAUACCCCUCUCACAAAUCCAUUCUUCAUCCCCGGCGGUCUAGGCCUCACGGUUCAGAAAGUAGGCGUCAUAAUGUCCAUCAACGGCAUUAUUGCGCUCUUCGUACAAGCCGUCGUGUUCCCACUCGCAGCUGAAGCCCUCGGAAUCCAUAAACUCUUCAUUAUGGUUUCAGUUCUGCAUCCAGUCUCCUACCUCAUCAUGCCAUACCUGAUCUAUCUCCCGGACUCUUGGCUCAUGGUGGGCAUCUAUUCAUGUCUCACAAUCCGGAAUCUGCUGUCCAUUCUCGCAUACCCCGUCCUGCUCAUCCUUAUCAAGGAAGCUACACCUUCUCCCUGCGUACUGGGCAAGAUCAACGGGCUCGCCGCUUCAGCAGGCGCAGCAUGUCGAACUGUCGCACCGCCUGUAGCGGGAUAUCUGUACACGCUCGGCUCGCGGAUGGAUUUCACGGGUCUGGCGUGGUACGGAAGUGCCUUCGUGGCUAUCAUUGGUGCUAUGCAAUCUUUUACUGUCAAGAGAACGAAAAGAGAUACAGACUCGGAUAUUGAGGACUGGAAGCCGGAGCAGAUUUCUGUUGUUGUGGCGGUGCAUUGAGCGAGUCCUGGGUUAUGAGUGCAAUGGGGCAGAUUUUGGAAUUUGAUUUCGAAGCGCUGGAAGGAUUUCAAGUUAUUUUCGUACGUCUUAUAGAUGAGAAAGAACGCUCGACAGAUAGAAAGAUGGGACCGGAUGGGAUGCGACAGAGGAUACAUGCAUGCAUAGAGCGGCGUUUUGCUUGGUUUGGUCUGGUGUUUUAGCGGGCGUUUUUUACUUGCUGGAGAUUUCCUUUGGCUAUUGAGCUGCUGGAUUCAUACCGUCCUGUUUCUUAUGAUUGGAGUUUGAUUCCAUCGCUGCAAAUUUUUGGUUUGUGCUGUAUAUACGUACUUUCGAUCUCGCCUUGGGAAUGGGGAUGGACCAUCAGAAUCGGGUCCGAAAGCUCCGGGCUGGCAGUCAGAUGGGAAUUUUAGACGGAGGAAGAAGUGUGGCUAGGAAAAGGAAGGAAGGAGAGGAGGGGAAAGAGAACAAUGUGGCGUUCUCUGUAGAAAGUAGAAAGACAAGCAAACAAGUCCUUGAAACAUAAUCAAAAC